AUGGAGUACGAGAACAAACUCGUCCUUGCUCCCAUGGUUCGCAUUGGGACGCUGCCAUUUAGAUUACUGGCUGCUGAAUAUGGUGCGGAUAUAACCUACGGUGAGGAAAUUAUCGAUCAUAAAUUUGUCAAAUGCGACCGCAGAUUAAAUGAGAAAAUAGGGUCCAUUGAUUUUGUGGAGAAGGGGACAGGAAGUGUCGUUUUCAGGACUUGUGAUGAGGAAAAAGAUCGAGUAGUGUUUCAAAUGGGUACUUCUGAUGCUGUAAGGGCUCUCACGGCUGCUCAGAUGGUGUGUAAAGAUGUUGCAGCAGUGGAUAUAAACAUGGGUUGCCCAAAGUCAUUUUCUGUGAGUGGAGGAAUGGGUGCCGCAUUAUUGACUAAACCAGAUCUUAUUCAUGAUAUUUUGACUACAUUAAGGAGGAACAUGAGUAUACCAGUGACUUGUAAGAUUCGACUACUAAAAUCAUCUCAGGAUACUGUGGAAUUGGCCAGGCGAAUUGAAAAAACAGGAGUUUCUGCUCUUGCUGUCCAUGGAAGAAAAGUUCCAGAUAGGCCGCGAGAUCCGGCUAAGUGGAGUGAGAUUGCUGAUGUUGUAGCAUCACUAUCCAUUCCAGUUAUAGCAAAUGGCGAUGUUUUUGAGUAUGACGAUUUUCAGCGUAUUAAAGUUGCUACAGGUACCUCAUCUGUGAUGGUUGCAAGAGGAGCACUUUGGAAUGCUUCAAUUUUCUGUCCGAAAGGAAAAUUACCAUGGGAAGAGGUGAAGAGAGAAUAUGUUAGGAAGAGUAUCUUAUGGGAUAAUGAUAUUAAAAGCACAAAGCACACACUGAAGGAAAUGAUAAUGCAUCAUUCUUCCCUUGAACUCCCAGAAGGAAAGGCUGUGAUAAAAUCAGAUUCCUUGGUAGAUUUAGCGCGGCUCUAUGGAGAGGAGAAGAGUUACGAUUUUUUCGGCAGUGUUUGCCAUCCAUCUUCGGGACAACCAAGUUAUAUUACCAUUAUUGGGGACACGCUAAUUUUAAUUCGCCUAAGAUUGGCUGGUGGUCUUGGCUUUUACCGAGAAAUGGAGUUUGAUAACAGUCUUGCAAACCUUACAUUUACUUCAGGAGUAUUACUAUAG